CGUCCAUUUCUUCACUCCUACGAAGCAGAGAGUCACCUUAGCUGACAUGGCAAGCUCUAUCUGUUCGCCAGAGAUUCUUGUCUGCUACCAUGGCAGUCUCCAUUACUCACUCACCACGUAGGAUUGAAACCCUCCUCCCCUCUCAAAUCUCUUCUUUCUUAAGUCAAAACACCACACAAACCCAACUAAAGAAACCACCCUCACUUUCUUAAGUCAACUUUUAUAAUCCUUAAACCCGCCCAUAGCCCUCUCAAAGCCUCUCACUCUAAAAAAUGACAGAGAAACUAGCUCUCCCUCUUCUCAUCACAGACCCACCCCCAACAAAACUCUUACCGCCUCUCCAAUCUCACCUCCACCAACAACAGAAAAAACUAACAACACCCACUUCACGACCACCACCACAACAUGGCACCCCACCUACGCAGGGCUUCCUUUUCAAGCAAAACCCCAAUCUUUCCAAACCCACCAACCCGCAAACCCAACCUGAUCCAUUUCCUAUCCCAAGAAACCGAACCCGAAUUGGCAAGGCCCGUGACCCUAACCGUGGCAAACCCUGGACCCACCGUCGUCUCUCCCUUCAAGGUCAGCGAGUUCUAGAUUCUUUAAAUGACCCUUCUUUCGAAACCAGUGAAUUAGAUAAAAUCUUGAGUCUUUUAUUUGAUUAUUAUAGAGAAGAGUUCAGUUUAAGUAGUCGUGGUAAGGAGAGGUUAAGUAAUGAUGUUUUGGGUAUGAUUAAGGGUUUAGGGUUUUAUAAAAAAAGUGACCUGGCUAUGAGUGUGUUUGAGUGGUUUAAGAAUAGGAAUGAUUGUGAAUCUGUCUUGAGUAAUUCAGCUGUGGCUGUGAUUAUUAAUAUGCUUGGUAAAGAAGGAAAAGUUUCGGUGGCAGCAUCUUUGUUGAAUAAUUUGCAUAAAGAUGGGUUUGAACUUGAUGUUUAUGCGUAUACAUCUUUAAUAACUGCUUGUGUUAGUAAUGGGAGGUAUAGGGAAGCUGUGAUGGUUUUUAAGAAGAUGGAGGAAGAAGGGUGCAAACCAACUUUGAUUACUUAUAAUGUGAUUCUGAAUGUGUAUGGAAAAAUGGGUAUGCCAUGGAACAAGAUUAUAGGUCUGUUUGAGGGAAUGAAGAAUGCUGGGAUUCUGCCGGAUGAGUAUACAUAUAAUACGCUGAUAACUUGUUGUAGACGAGGAUCUUUGUAUAAAGAAGCUGCUGCGGUUUUUGAGGAUAUGAAAUCGAUGGGGUUUGUGCCUGAUAAGGUCACUUAUAAUACUUUAUUGGAUGUUUAUGGGAAGUCUAGGCAGAUUAAGGAGGCGAUUGAGGUAUUAAGAGAAAUGGAGGUCAAUGGAUGUUCACCAAGCAUUGUGACAUAUAAUUCGUUGAUAUCUGCUUAUGCAAGGGAUGGUAUGUUGGAAGAAGCAAUGGAGCUUAAAAACCAGAUGGUUGAAAGAGGGAUUAAACUGGAUGUUUUUACUUACACUGCAAUGUUGUCAGGAUUUGUGAGGACUGGUAAGGAUGAGUCUGCAAUGAGGGUUUUUGAGGAAAUCAGAACUGCAGGUUGCAAACCUAAUAUUUGUACUUUCAAUGCCUUGAUUAAGAUGCAUGGUAACAGGGGAAAGUUUGCAGAAAUGAUGAAGGUUUUUGAGGAGAUCAAAAUUUGCUGCUGUGUACCAGAUAUUGUUACCUGGAAUACCCUUCUAGCAGUGUUUGGGCAAAAUGGGAUGGACUCAGAAGUGUCUGGAGUUUUCAAGGAGAUGAAGAGGGUUGGCUUUGUACCAGAGAGGGAUACCUACAACACCCUAAUCAGUGCGUACAGUCGGUGCGGUUCAUUUGACCAAGCCAUGGCUAUGUACAAGAGAAUGCUGGAAGCUGGGAUCACACCUGAUCUUUCCACCUAUAAUGCUGUUUUGGCAGCUUUAGCUCGAGGAGGGCUAUGGGAACAGUCAGAGAAAAUACUUGCUGAAAUGCAAGAUGGCAUGUGCAAGCCCAAUGAACUGACAUACUGUUCUUUGCUUCAUGCUUAUGCCAAUGGCAAGGAGAUUGGACGGAUGCUUGCUCUUGCGGAGGAGAUAUGCUCUGGUGUAAUUGAACCUCAUGUUGUGCUCUUGAAGACCCUUGUUUUAGUUAAUAGUAAAUGUGACCUCCUAUUAGAAGCUGAGCGUGCAUUCCUGGAGUUGAAGAGAAAAGGCUUUUCACCUGACUUGAGUACUCUGAAUGCCAUGAUUGCUAUUUACGGCAGGAGGCAGAUGGUUACGAAAACAAAUGAGAUCUUGAACUUCAUGAAAGAGAGUGGGUUCACUCCUAGCAUGGCAACUUACAAUAGUUUGAUGUACAUGCACAGCCAAUCAGAGAACUUUGAGAGGUCAGAAGAAGUUUUAAAAGAAAUCCUUGCAAAGGGAAUAAAACCAGAUAUAAUUUCAUACAACACUGUUAUUUUUGCAUAUUGUCGAAAUGGGCGGAUGAAAGAGGCUUCACAUAUAUUCUCAGAAAUGAGAGAAUCUGGGCUUAUUCCAGAUGUAAUCACAUAUAAUACUUUUGUUGCAAGUUACGCAGCUGAUUCAAUGUUUGAGGAGGCUAUUGAUGUUGUUUGCUACAUGAUCAAGCAUGGAUGUAAACCGAACCAGAAUACAUACAACUCAAUCAUUGAUGGAUACUGUAAACUUAAUCUCCGGGAUGAUGCAAACAAGUUCAUAAGCAGCCUUCAUGAGCUUGAUCCACACAUUUCCAGGGAGGAAGAGUGCAGGUUAUUAGAACGUUUAACCAAAUGGUCAUAGGCAAUCCCUUUCUUAUCUGUCUCAUGUUUUGAUUAGGCAUGAAGAUGUGGUUAAUAUGGAUGAUCCAGCAAAAGCUUCCUAAUGUUUCCUGGAGGCUGAAGAGAUGCAAGCACCCAGGAACACAUCUAUUUGGAGGGCGGUGCUUGGAUCCAGACAAGACAUGAAAAGAAGGGGAAAGGGGAGUUAUUGACUUCAAGGUUCUUGAGCUUCGAACUAUGUGGUAAAGAAAGAAGGAAGAAUGAAUGGUUUGUCCAGGAGAGUUGCUAAUUGGCCAUUUCGUAGCUGAUGAUACGUGAUCUUACAUAAAGUUCUCGCUUCUGGCGAUAUAUACUGAAAGUUGCUAAAGGUGUGUACAAUGUAUAUAUUGUAGGUGUAACAAAAAGUAAAAAGCUAUAUAUAAAUGCCGAGUUAAUGAAUAGCUAUGCCCUAAAGAUACGACAAUGUGGCUUUUGAACUCCAUUUGUUAGUUUUGUGAAGCUCAGUUAUACUCGAAACCAGAAACAUGAAAGCCAACAGUAUUUCAGCGGUCCACUGGACUGUUGUAUCUUCAAGAAUGAUUAUGAAAAACAGAAACGUUGUUAAUGGGGAGAAACUUAUAUAGGAGUAAUUGUCUA